AUGUUUCCCACUGGGGCCCUCGUUGUCUUCUGUGGGCUGCUGGCCCACGCCACAGCCCAGCUCGCAGGCCUGCCCGUGCCCCUGGACCCGAUUCUGCCUUUGGAUCAGUCUCCAGCCCUGCCUUCAAAUCCCCAGGAUCUUGCUGGCAGCUUGACAGGGGCUCUCAGCAAAGGCCUGCUCUCCGGGGGUCUGCUGGACAUUCUGGAAAACCUCCCGCUUCUGGACAUCCUGAAGACUGAAGGGGGCACUUCCGGUGGCCUGGUUGGAGGCUUACUUGGGAAACUGACUUCCUCUCUCCCCAUCCUGAACAACAUCCUCUCCAUCAAGGUCACCAAUCCCCAGCUGUUGGAACUCGGUCUUGUCCAGACCCCUGAUGGCCAUCGCCUCUAUGUCACCAUCCCUCUGGGAUUGAUACUUAAAGUGAAUACGGGCCUGGUGGGAAGUCUGCUGGAGCUGGACGUGAAGCUCAACAUCACUGCGGAACUCUUGGUUGAGAGAGACAGUGAGGGGAAGAGCCACCUGGUGCUUGGUGACUGCACCCAUUCCCCUGGCAGCCUGCGGAUCUCCCUGCUUAACGGAAUCGCUUCCCUCCCCAUUCAAGACCUUGUGGACAACCUCACGGGCAUCUUGAAUAAAGUCCUUCCUGAGCUGGUGCAGGGCAAGGUGUGCCCUCUGGUCAACGACGUUCUCAAACUCUUGGAUGUCACCCUGGUGCAUGAUAUUCUUAACAAGCUGAUCAAUGGACUGGAAUUUGUCAUCAAGGUCUAA